AUGGCUGAACAGAGCUCUUCUGCCGCCGUGGACCAGACCCCCAUCUCGCCGGUGCGCCCUACUAAUGCUGUGCGACGCGACUCUCUAGAGCAGCACCUGCAGAACCGGCCCAACCGUGAGGAGCUUGUGCAGAGCCUGCAGGCCCAUCAGAAGCAGCUCGAGAAAAGCAUGCGCGCAGAUUCUCUCAACGACAAAAUCUCGCACCGGCCGUCGCCCGAGGAGCUGAUCAAGAAGGGCGUGCUCGACGAGGAUCCGCGGUCGGCUGAGGAGAGGUACGAGGAGGCCAUUGAAGAGGAAUAUGCUAAGCGGGAGGGUGGUGCUUGA